GCAAGACAUCUGUACAUUUGUGACUUCCACAAAAACUUAAUUCAGAGUGUGAGAAACAGAAGAAAGAGGAAAGGCAGCGAUGAUGAUGGUGACUCCCCAGUGCAAGACAUCGACACUCCAGAGGUUGAUUUAUAUCAGUUACAAGUAAACACACUUCGAAGGUACAAAAGACACUUCAAGCUACAGACCAGACCGGGACUUAACAAAGCACAGCUCGUUGAAAUAAUUGGCUGCCAUUUUAGGACAAUUCCAGUGAAUGAAAAGGACACCUUAACAUAUUUCAUCUACUCGGUGAAGAAUGACAAGAACAAACCAGACCUAAAGAUGGAUAGCGGAGUUCAUUAGAUGGAAAAGGUUGGGACUGAGACUCAGGCUGCAAAUCAAAAGACUGAGGUUUUGUUGGUAUGCAGAAGCUUUCUUUGUAACGUUUUCUCCCCAGAGAGUUUGUCUCUGUUUUAUUUUUCAUAACCUUGCUAAUUUGUUUGAAAACCGUCUCUUAUGAAACAAAUUUCCUCAGCAAAAGUAUUUUAAAUAAAUAUCACUGAUAUUGUUGCUCAA